AUGAACAUUGUUCUUUACGACGUGCCAUCCACUUCCCCUGGAUAUUCCAUGUCCUUGAACACCUGGAGAACAAGGUACUGUCUUAAUUACAAAGGGCUGCCUUUUAUUACAGAGUGGGUGGAGUUCCCCCACUUGGAGAGCCUGUACGCGAAAUUGGGUAUUGUCCCAAAAGCUAUGAAGGCAAACGGAAGCCCACACUACACGGUUCCAGUAAUUUACGACCCCCUCACAAACAAGUCGAUCUACGAUUCCAUGGCCAUUGCCGAGUACCUCGAUCAACAGUACUCCGAUACCCCACAAAUAUUCCCACAUAAUACGAUUGGCCUCGCACAGACAUUUACAGAGGCCUUCAUGUCAUACAUACCGCCCGCUCGCGAGCUUCUCAUCUGGACGAUCUUCGUUUGUCUGCGUCCACCCAGUAUUCAAUAUUUUCGUGACGAUAUGGAGGCCAAGGUCGGCAAGAAAUUGGAAGACCUCGUGCCUGAUGACCAGCUUUCGGCACAUAUGACUGCGCUUCAAGGUGUUCUGGAAAAGAUUAACAACUUGUAUGCCAAGAAUGCGGGGAAAGGGCCAUUUAUUAUGGGAGAGGAACUUUCAUGGGCUGAUGUCGUGGUUGCCGGUUUCUUGAUGUGUUUUAGAGUUUCUACCGGUGAAGACAGCCAGAAGUGGAAAGAGAUUAUCUCAUGGCAUGAUGGAAGAUGGACAGCUCUCAUGGAAAACAUGAGGAAGUAUGAAUAG